AUGAAAGUUCAAUCCAAGAGAAAAGUCGAGAAGCCAGCAAAGGAGAAGAAGUCCGUCGUGGCGGAGAAAGCCCUAGCCGAGAAGAAGCCUAAGGCUGGAAAGAAGCUCCCAAAGGAGGUCGGAGCCGUCGCCGGAGACAAGAAGAAGAAGAGAUCGAAGAAAAGCGUGGAGACCUAUAAGAUUUACAUCUUCAAGGUGUUGAAGCAGGGCCACCCUAACAUCGGGAUCUCUAGUAAGGCUAUGGGAAUCAUGAACAACUUCAUCAAUAACAUCUUCGAGAAGAUCGCCCAGGAGUCGUCUAGGCUCGAGAGGUACAAUAAGAAGCCCACGAUCACUUCCUGGGAAAUCCAGACCACCGUGAGACUCGUGCUCCUCGGUGAGCUCGCCAAACACGCUAUGACUAAGUUUACCAGCUCUUGA